AUGGUUAAUGACAGGAUGGAGUCCAAGGAUUUGGCAGUAGGAGUUAUAUUCAUCCUUCAAUGUUCCAUGGGAAUUCUGAGACAUUUCACUCUUCUAUCUUAUUACCUAAUGCUUCAUUAUAAUAAACACACAUUAAAACCAAUUGAUUUGAUUCUCAUGAACAUGUUCAUAGCCAACUUCUUGUUAAUUUUCUCUAAAAGUGUGCUACAGACAGUGGAAAUUUUUGGGAUGGAACUGUUCUUCAAUGUCUUAGUUUGCAAAUUUCUUUUGUAUAUUGAAAGAGUUGGCCGAAGUGUUUCUGUUGCUACCGUCUGUCUCUUGAGUGUCUUCCAAGCCAUCACCAUCAGUCCCAGAAACUCCUGCCUUAACGGUCUUAAAGUAAAAGUUCCAAAGUACAUCAACCUCUCUAUUUUCUUUUGCUGGCCCCUGUAUUUUGUUAUAAAUAUGAUUUUACCAGUGUAUGCAUGUAUUAAGUGGAACAGCAAUAACAUGACAUAUAAAAGAUCUAUAAAAUACUGCUUUAGUGUAGGUCAUGAUGAAUUUACAGGCUCUAUUUUUACAAUACUUUUUGUAUUCCCUGAAGUCUUUCUUGCUAUCCUUAUUGUCUUGUCUGGAAGCUCAAUGGUUGUCACUUUGUAUAGGCACAAGCUGCAGGUUCAGCACAUCUACUGCAAUUAUGCUUCUACCAGAACGUCCCCUGAAUCAAGAGCCACUAAGAGCAUUGUGGUACUAGUGGCAGUCUUUAUUUGCUUUUAUUCUGUCUCUUCCAUCUUAUAUGGCUGCAUUGCUCUUUUCUGUGAUGAUAGCUGGUGGUUGAUAAACAUUGCAAACAUCAUUUACCCGUGUUUUCCAAUUUUUGGUUCCUUUUUUGUGAGCCAUAACCCUGCUUUGUCUAGAUUCAGCUUCUCCUGGAUAAAAAAUACACGAAGAGUAUAA